UGGGGGCGUCGGGGCUUUGCCGGCCGGGAAGCCGGCAAGCACAGCGCAGCGGACGAACGGGGGACCCGGCCUGCAGUUUAACAUUAGGAAGCGGGGGGCCGCUCCCACGCCCCCUAGAAUCUUCCCUGGUCCCGCAGCCUGCCCACGCCGGUAGGAAGAAGCUGAGGGCUCGGACGCUCUGCCCAGUGCCGCCGCCGCCGCCAUGAUGGAGCGGAAGUGAGGCGCGGGGCGAGGGCUGCGGGUGCCGGCGUCUGAGUCCGGUCCCCGCCGCCCCUGCUCUGCAGACCGCGGACUCCGCCCGCGCUCGCGACCCCCGCGCCUCGGCCGCAGCCGGGUUUCUCGCAGUCUGAGCGGCGGGGAGCGGCUCCCGGCCUGGGGCCCCGGCCGCCGGGAAGAUGGCGGACCCGGCCGAGUGCAACAUCAAAGUGAUGUGUCGCUUCAGACCCCUCAACGAGUCGGAGGUGAACCGCGGCGACAAGUACGUCGCCAAGUUCCAGGGAGACGACACGGUGGUGAUCGCGUCCAAGCCUUAUGCAUUUGAUCGGGUAUUCCAGUCAAGCACAUCUCAAGAGCAAGUAUACAAUGACUGUGCAAAGAAGAUUGUUAAAGAUGUACUUGAAGGAUACAAUGGAACAAUAUUUGCAUAUGGACAAACAUCCUCUGGGAAGACACACACGAUGGAGGGUAAACUCCAUGAUCCAGAAGGCAUGGGAAUUAUCCCAAGAAUUGUGCAAGAUAUUUUUAAUUAUAUUUACUCCAUGGAUGAAAAUUUGGAAUUUCAUAUUAAGGUUUCAUAUUUUGAAAUAUAUUUGGAUAAGAUAAGGGACCUGUUAGAUGUUUCAAAGACCAACCUUUCAGUUCACGAAGAUAAAAACCGAGUUCCCUAUGUAAAGGGGUGCACGGAACGUUUUGUAUGUAGUCCAGAUGAAGUAAUGGACACCAUAGAUGAAGGAAAAUCCAACAGACAUGUAGCAGUUACAAAUAUGAAUGAACAUAGCUCGAGGAGUCACAGUAUAUUUCUCAUUAAUGUAAAACAAGAAAACACACAAACAGAACAGAAGUUGAGUGGAAAACUUUAUCUGGUUGAUUUAGCUGGUAGUGAAAAGGUUAGUAAAACUGGAGCUGAAGGUGCCGUGCUGGAUGAAGCUAAGAACAUCAACAAGUCACUUUCUGCUCUUGGAAAUGUCAUUUCUGCUUUGGCUGAGGGUAGUACAUACGUUCCAUAUCGAGAUAGCAAAAUGACAAGAAUUCUUCAAGACUCACUAGGUGGGAACUGUAGAACCACUAUUGUAAUUUGCUGUUCUCCAUCAUCAUAUAAUGAGUCUGAAACAAAAUCUACACUCCUGUUUGGUCAAAGGGCCAAAACGAUUAAGAAUACAGUUUGUGUCAAUGUAGAGUUAACUGCAGAACAGUGGAAAAAGAAGUAUGAAAAAGAGAAAGAAAAGAAUAAGACCCUGCGGAACACCAUUCAGUGGCUUGAAAACGAACUCAAUCGGUGGCGGAAUGGGGAGACAGUGCCUGUUGAUGAGCAGUUUGACAAAGAGAAAGCCAAUUUGGAAGCUUUCACAGUAGAUAAGGAUAUUACUAUUACCAAUGACAAGCCAGCAGCCACAAUUGGAGUUACUGGAAGCUUCACAGAUGCAGAAAGAAGAAAGUGUGAAGAAGAAAUUGCUAAAUUGUAUAAACAACUUGAUGAUAAGGAUGAAGAAAUUAACCAGCAGAGCCAACUGGUGGAGAAACUGAAGACACAAAUGUUGGAUCAAGAGGAGCUUUUGGCAUCUACUAGAAGGGAUCAAGACAACAUGCAAGCUGAACUGAACCGCCUUCAAGCAGAAAACGAUGCUUCUAAAGAAGAAGUAAAAGAAGUGUUACAGGCCUUAGAGGAACUUGCUGUCAAUUAUGAUCAGAAGUCUCAGGAAGUUGAAGAUAAAACUAAGGAAUAUGAAUUACUUAGUGAUGAAUUAAAUCAGAAAUCGGCAACUUUAGCAAGUAUAGAUGCUGAGCUUCAGAAACUUAAGGAAAUGACCAACCACCAGAAGAAAAGAGCAGCUGAGAUGAUGGCAUCUUUACUGAAAGACCUUGCAGAAAUAGGGAUUGCAGUAGGAAACAAUGAUGUAAAGCAGCCUGAGGGCACUGGCAUGAUAGACGAAGAAUUCACUGUUGCAAGGCUGUACAUCAGCAAAAUGAAGUCAGAAGUCAAAACCAUGGUGAAGCGCUGCAAGCAGUUGGAAAGCACACAAACCGAGAGCAGCAAGAAGAUGGAAGAAAACGAGAAAGAGUUAGCAGCUUGCCAGCUUCGGAUUUCUCAGCAUGAAGCCAAAAUCAAAUCGUUGACUGAGUAUCUUCAAAAUGUGGAGCAAAAGAAAAGACAGCUGGAAGAAUCUGUCGAUUCACUCAGUGAAGAGCUGGUCCAGCUUCGUGCACAAGAAAAGGUUCAUGAAAUGGAGAAAGAGCACUUAAAUAAGGUUCAGACUGCAAAUGAAGUUAAGGCAACUGUUGAACAGCAGAUUCAGAGUCACAGAGAAACUCAUCAAAAACAAAUCAGUAGUUUGAGAGAUGAAGUUGAGGCAAAAGAAAAACUUAUAACUGAUCUUCAAGACCAAAAUCAGAAAAUGAUGUUAGAGCAAGAACGUCUAAGAGUAGAACAUGAAAAGUUGAAAGCUACAGAUCAGGAAAAGAGCAGAAAACUACAUGAACUUACGGUUAUGCAAGACAGACGAGAGCAAGCUCGACAGGAUUUGAAGGGGUUGGAAGAGACAGUGGCAAAAGAACUUCAGACUUUGCACAAUCUGCGCAAGCUCUUUGUUCAAGAUUUGGCUACCAGAGUUAAAAAGAGUGCUGAGAUUGAUUCUGAUGACACUGGAGGUAGUGCUGCUCAGAAGCAGAAAAUCUCCUUUCUUGAAAAUAAUCUCGAGCAACUCACCAAAGUGCACAAACAGUUGGUACGUGACAAUGCAGAUCUUCGCUGUGAACUUCCGAAGUUAGAGAAGCGACUUCGAGCUACAGCCGAGAGAGUGAAAGCUUUGGAGUCAGCACUAAAAGAAGCCAAAGAAAAUGCAUCUCGUGAUCGGAAACGCUAUCAGCAAGAAGUAGACCGCAUAAAGGAGGCGGUCCGGUCCAAGAACAUGGCUAGGAGGGGGCACUCCGCACAGAUCGCUAAGCCGAUUCGUCCUGGGCAACACCCGGCAGCUUCUCCAACUCAUCCAAGUGCGAUUCGUGGAGGAGGAGCGUUUGUCCAGAACAGCCAGCCGGUAGCCCUGCGAGGCGGUGGAGGCAAGCCGGUGUAACCAACCAGUGUAACUGCAAGUGCGUGUUCACAGGUAUUGAAAAAGAAUCGAAGUACGGAGAGGAUAUAGUAUCCGUAGUCAUUCAGUGACGGUGACCUCUACUCCCUUGGGACUGUAGAAUUAUAACUUUAAAAUGUGUAAAUGACACCUGGCCUGUACAGCUGUCUCCUGCCCACUCUUCUUGUAAACUCUGCUGCUUCCCAACACUAGAGUGCAAUCUCCAUGUCUUAGGAGGAAAAUGACAGUUUCCAGCUGUGCCCUAUUUAUUACACAGUUUGUCUUUCACGUCGUAAAUCUAGUCUUCACUGUGCCAAGCUGACUGUACCUUACAGGACUGUGCUUUCUGUAUUUGCUUUUUGUUUGUAUGUUUGUUUUUUAAUUUCAGUUUAAAUUACCUAGCAGCUACUGCUUCUUGUUUUUCUUUUCCUGUUAAGUGUCUUUCCUUUUUUAAGGAAAAUAGAACAUUUAAAUUAAAUGUCUUAAAUGUUACCACUUACAACACUACAUGCCCACACAAUAAUCAGGUCAGUACUGUAUUUUAAAAUCCUUUGCAGUGAAAUCAGGGUUAAAAAGUAUUUGUCUCACCUCUGGCAUUCAAUGCUCCUGAAAACUGUUGGCUGAGCUCAGAUGCCAGCUGCCUAACUAGAUAUUGGAGACUGCGCAAGUGAGGGCUGUCUCUGCAGUGCCUGCUGCCUGGAUACUCUUGACUGGGAAGGAUGCACAUAUCAAAAGCAGAUCUCAGUUAAGACAGAGCUUGGAGAAGGAACUGCAUCUCUCUUCCUAAUUCUGUACUUCACGUAGCUUGACGGAAUGAAAUGCCCUGCUUUGUUCUGACAAGCCUGCUAGCUAAUAGAAGAAUUGGACAGGUGAUAACUUGUCGUUUUUAUUGUAGUAAAAUUAAGAUACUGUGGAGUGAAAUAUAAUUUUAUACUAUUAGAUACUGUAUUGGCUGAUAUAAAUUUAUACUCUGAAAACAAAAAUUCAAAGAAACUUGACAGAUACACAGUACAGUUAAAAAUACAUAAAUUUUGGUCUGAAAUCUUUGAGGUGUUGCUAACCUACUGCACUAAGUCAUCUGUAUAAUUUUUCUUGUUAUGUAUAAAAAUAGUAAAUGGUUUGCAAGUCACUAAGAAUCCUCCAGUAAAUGUAUCGCUGGCCGUUGCUCAUGAUUGUGUAAUUAGUACUGUGUGUACCUAUUUUGCCACUUUUCCUCAGAUAAUUAAGCUACGUCAGCAGUUAGUUUUCAAAUACUAUAAAAAUGAUAGGGAAAUCGAUUUCAGUGUGUUCUUCAUCAGUGAUGGAGAGGACUGUAACUGUAGCAGAAAUUUGCAGAGAAUGGGUUUAUAAGGUUAGUCAACUCAGACUUGGAAAGUUCUGUGUCAGGAUCUGGCUGGCAGAAUUAACUUUUUGAAAAAGUUUUAUACAGAGAUAUUUGUAUUAAAUUUGGAGCCAUAAUCAGAAGACUCAGAUCAUAAAUUGGCUUAUUUUUCUAUUUCCUUAACUAUUGUAAUUUCCACUUUUAUAAUACUUUUGAUUUGAAAGAUAAAUUUAUUUAUUUUUUUAACAGUCAAAAUUCUUGCUGUUGUAGUCUGCAGCUUUUAAAAUGAUUGUGUUGCUUUUAGGGUAUUAAAAAAAGACAAGCUUCCGAAGUAGAGGCGAAAGGGUGGUACAGUAAGAGAGACGCUAUGUGGUUAACCGAGAAAGUGCUACAGUCUCUUUGCGAUGAUAGUUUGCUAAGUGCAAGACAUUUAGCCACACCCAGAUAGACAUUUUUAAACCGAAAACUUGUUUCUUUAGCAAAGAAAUGAUUUUUGUUCUCUUGCCUGAUUCUGUAGUUGUAUCAUGUAUCAUGGGUAUUGGUGCUGUGUAACAAACACCAAUUUGGAUUGUAACUAGCAUGUGGUUCAGGAUCUGUCGUGUUCUUUAAAUAUCUUAAUGGUUCUUUCCUAUUUAUAAUUUCAAACUUUGAUAAAGUACACCAAGAAUUUCAUAAAUUUGUUUUCAGUGAACUGCUCUUUUUGCUAUGGUAGGUCAUUAAACACAGCAUUUAUUCUUAUAAAUGGAAAUUUCUGAUCAUCUAGAAUAUUGACACAUUUCAAUUUGUGGUAUCUUUUUUUGGACUGGAUAUAUUAAUGUUCCUCUGAAUGGUAUUGAUAAAUAGUUCAGAAGAGAAAUUCAAUGAAAUAAAAGUAAUAUUUAUUCAUGGUGAUCAAUUACUUAAAUUAUUUGCUUAACUUAAGAAAACUUACUACUGUGCAUAACUCUCAAUUUUUUUGUAACUCAAUUUUGACAUGAGGUGACAGUAGAGAGUCUGAGUCUCCCUGUGGAAUAUGUUAGAUUAUUUUCAGUGCUUGAAGGUGCAUUCAAAAGUAAUUGGUUUGGGAAGACGCCAUAUAAUUUUAAGUUAACCUGCAUGCUGUCAAUGUGUUUUAUGUCUAAAUAAAAAGGAAACAUUUUGAAACAUAA